AUGGCCUCAGAGAUCCACAUGCCAGCCCCAGAGUGCCUCAUUGAGAACACUAAUGGGCGACUGCUGGUUAAUCCGAAAGCCCUGAAGAUCCUGUCUGCCAUCAGGCAGCCCGUUGUGGUGGUGGCUAUCGUGGGCCUCUACCGCACGGGCAAGUCCUACCUGAUGAACAAGCUGGCCGGGAAGAAAAAGGGCUUCUCUCUGGGCUCCACUGUGCAGGCACACACGAAGGGCAUCUGGAUGUGGUGUGUACCUCAUCCCAAGAGGCCGAACCGCGCUCUAGUUCUGCUUGAUACGGAGGGCCUGGGGGAUGUGGAGAAGGGUGACAACCAGAAUGACUCCUGGAUCUUUGCCCUAGCAAUACUCUUGAGCAGCACUUUUGUGUACAAUAGUAUGGGAACUAUCAACCAGCAGGCCAUGGACCAACUGCACUAUGUAACGGAACUGACAGAUAAGAUCAGGGCAAGAUCCUCACCUGAUGUGGAUGGGGUUGAGGAUUCAGCUGACUUUGUGAGCUUCUUUCCAGACUUCGUAUGGACACUGAGGGAUUUCUCCCUCGACUUGGAAGCAGAUGGAAAGUCCAUCACAGCAGAUGAGUACCUGGAGAAUUCACUCAAGCUUAAGAAAGGUACCAGUCCGAAAGAUAAAACUUUUAAUCUGCCUCGACUCUGUAUCCGAAAGUUCUUCCCAAAGAAGAAAUGCUUCAUCUUUGAUCAGCCCACUCACAGAAAGAAACUGAACCAGCUUGAGGAACUGUGUGACGAUGAGCUGGACUCCGAAUUUGUGCAACAAGCUGCGGUCUUCUGUUCCUACAUCUUUAGCAAUUCCAAAACUAAAACUCUCUCAGGAGGCAUCAAGGUGGAUGGACCUCGUCUAGAGACCCUGGUGCAGACCUAUGUCAAUGCCAUCAACAGUGGAGAUCUGCCCUGCAUGGAGAAUGCAGUCCUGGCCUUGGCUGAGAUUGAGAACUCUGCCGCAGUGAAAAAGGCCAUUGCCCACUAUGACCAGCAGAUGGGCCAGAAGCUGCAGCUUCCCACGGAAACCCUCCAGGAGCUGCUGGACCUGCAUAGGGCCACUGAGAAAGAGGCCAUUGAAGUCUUCAUGAAGAGUUCCUUCAAAGACAUAGACCAAUUGUUUCAAAAAGAUUUAGCGGCCCAGCUAGACAAAAAGCGAGAUGACUUUUGUAAUCAGAAUCUUAAAGUAUCAUCAGAUCGUUGCUCUGCUUUACUGAAGGAUAUUUUCAGUCCUCUAGAAGAAGAUGUGAAACAGGGGAUUUAUUCAAAAUCAGGGGGCUAUCGCUUCUUCAUUGAGAAGAUGCAAGAGCUGAAGAAGAAGUAUCUUCAGGAGCCCAGGAAGGGCAUACAGGCUGAGGAGAUUCUUCAGGAAUACUUGAAGUCCAAGGAGUCUGUGACUGAUGCAAUUCUACAGACAGACCAGACACUUUCAGAGAAGGAAAAGUUGAUUGAAGUGGAACGUGUGAAAGCUGAAUCUGCACAGGCUGCAGCAAAAAUGCUGGAGGAAAUGCAAAUAAAGAACCAGCAGAUGAUGGAACAGAAAGAAAAGAGCUAUCAGGAACAUGUGAAACAACUGACUGAGAAGAUGGACAGGGAUAGGGCCCAGUUACUGGAAGAGCAAGAGAGAACUCUUGCUCUCAAACUGCAGGAACAGUCCCGACUACUACAGGAAGGAUUCCAAGAGGAGAACAAACGACUUCAAAACGAAAUACAGAAUCUCCAGAAGAAGAUGGAAAAGCCAAGGCACCCAUGUGUCCUAAACUAA